AAAAGCUCAAAGAAGAAGAAGAGCCAACUGAUGGAGGAGUGCAGCAACUCUGCAGGAGGAGUCGCUUAAUAAUUAAUUUGGACUUUUACGCCAUGCCAAGAAAUUUUUACAAGUUUUAAGACUCUCUUGUGUGCAAGUGAAGGGCUGACGGGAGAAACACACACCAGCAUGCACAAAGCACGCCGCUGUGGUUUUAGUUGGUCGGAUUACUGCUGGGAGGCUUAACGGAAAACCAUUUUAAAUUUUGGGGUUCAGUUUUUUAGUGCAUCUCUGUGUGUGUUUGCACCUGAAAUGUUUUGCAGAUUGCACAGGAGUGUGCUGAGACAGGCUCAGCUUCUGCGUGGUGUCAGCAGGAGCACGGCUUUGCCACGGAGGGCUUGUGCUACUUUCCGCACACACGAGCAGUGUCUUGAACUGCACUAUGGAGGGACGCAGAUGCAUUUUAACUAUGUGUGGCUGCGAGAUCACUGCCUCUCUGCUGCUUCGUACAACUCCAAAACUAACCAGAGGAACCUGGACACUGGGAGCAUAGAUCUGACUAUACGUCCCGAAAGGACACGAGUGGAAGAAGACCACCUUGUUAUCACCUGGCCUGGUGGUCACAUGUCCAGGUACAGUCUCAGUUGGCUUGCUGAGAACAGCUUUGAGAGAAAGUACCAGAGUACAGAACAACCGCGCAUCCUUUGGAAUUCAGACAUCUAUAAAAAUGCAAACAUAACCUCAUCCAAAUGGGACACGUUCAUGAGCUGUGAUGACGAGCUAAAGAAAUUUCUUCAAAAUUAUCUUCUGUACGGGAUCGCGUUUAUAGACGAUGUCCCAACCACAGUGGAAGCCACAGAGGCAGUAACCCAGAGGGUCAGUCUAAUCAGGGAGACUACCUAUGGCAGAAUGUGGUGCUUCACUUCAGAUUUUUCCAGGGGAGAUACUGCCUACAGCCAGUUGGCCCUGGACCGUCACACUGACACCUCCUACUUUCAGGAACCGUGUGGAAUCCAGGUUUUCCACUGUCUCAAGCAUGAGGGAACCGGGGGAAGGACGCUGCUUGUUGAUGGGUUCUACGCUGCAGAAAAAUUACGUCAGAGCUCACCUGAAAGCUUUGAGCUGCUUGCUCAGGUGCCCGUCAAGCACGAUUACAUCGAAAAUACCGACAGGCACCAAAACCACAUCACAGGCAUCGGCCCCCUGCUCAACGUGUAUCCUUGGAACAAUGAAAUGUAUCUUAUACGAUACAACAACUACGAUCGAUCUGUGCUAAACACAAUCCCCCAUGAUGUGGUUCAGCGCUGGUACGCAGCACAUCGAGAGCUGACCACAGAGCUGAGGAGGCCAGAGAACGAGCUAUGGGUGAAGCUAACUCCGGGAAAAGUUGUUUUCAUAGACAACUGGCGAGUCUUACACGGGAGGGAGUCUUUCACUGGCUCGAGGCAACUCUGUGGAUGCUAUCUGACCAGAGAUGACGUCCUCAGUGCUGCCCGCUGCUUCGGGCUCCAGGCCUGAACGUGAAGUUUUCUUCACUUGACUGCCUUAUCGCUCUGCCCACAAUACAGGUUUAAUUAACACUGCACCGAUACUGCUGGAGCAUGUUUUAUUUUGCUCUUCUGUAUUUUUUAAUUAACAUUAGAUUUUUUUUUAAGCAGUUUAUGUGAAGUUAGAGUGUGAAUGUGUCCCGAAUUUGACUUGAAACAAUGAAAUGUCUUAAUCCUCAAAUGGCUUCCAGUUAUUAAACUGUGUCGUGAUGUGUUGUG